AUGAAUAAAUUACUAUAUUAAUUUUAAACUAUUGGAUUCGCAUGCGAUAAAGAAUAUCACAAAGGCAUGAAAGAUGUCAAAACAAAAUUUAAAGAUAUUAACUAAUUUAAAAGAAGAGCCUUAAAAGAUUUUAAUAAUGUUGAUAAUGUAAUUAAUUCCAUUAGUGAAAUUAUUGAAAAAAGAAAAAGAGAUUCAUUAACAAGAUCGAUUGAUUGUACUACUUAUAGAAGUAGUAAAUAAGAGAGAUUAUAAUCAUGCCUUAAUAAAAUGAGUUAAAUUGAUUACAAUUAAUAAUAAAUUGAUAGAGAAUCAGGUAUUAGAACUUCUAGCAUCUUUUCUGAUAGAAUUGCUGCCAUCAUUCCAAAAAAAGAAUUUGCAAAUAAAUAAUUAGAUUAAGAAUUAGCUAUUAAUUGUCAUUUACAAGAUGCAACUAAAUUCGGAUAAAUUAUGGAAUAAGCCUUAUUGUUACAUUCCUUUCAUAAAAAUUGCAGUGAAAAACUUAAUUAAAAUUUAAGUAUCCUUGAUCCCAAUAAUUUUAAAACUAAAAGAGAUAGAGCUAAAUUUUAAAGGAGAAAUGAAAUGAAUUCUAAGAGUGUUGAAGCUUAAUAAUAUUAUAUGAAGAAAUUUUAAUUAGAACAUAUGAGAUUAAAAGAUAAAUUAAUAGAUUCUGAUCAAAAAAUUCAUAUUGAACAUAGAUAUUGUCAAGAUAAAAAUUAAUCAUCAAAAAGUGUUCAAAAUAAAAAAAAAAUUUAACAAGUAACAGAAAAAAUGAAUAGAAAUAAAAUACUUGUCAUCUAAAAUUUAUUUAAAUAAGGUCAUGAUUAAAAAUCUCAAAAAGCAGAAGAUGUUCUUAAAUUUCUUGAAUUAUACUCUAAAAUUGAUAGAGAAAAUAACUAAAUUUUUAGUUAAAAAAUAGAAUUUAAUGGUACUUUUUCUAUGAAAAUUGAAUCAUUUUUGAGAAAGAUUUUCUUUAAAUUCUCUAAUAAAGAAUGUGAUGAUUUUAAUGAACUUUAUAAGUAUAUCAACUUAUAAGGUUAUCUUGAAUUUUUUCAUUUAUCACAUAUAGAUAUUGAAGAUAAAGAAUUAACUAGUAUUUAUUAGAAUAAUGUUAAAAUUUAAAAUUAAGAUUAAGAAAGAGGUUUGAAUUUUAAUUUUUUCAGAGAUUCUCUUAUUGAUAUUGCUAAUUGUAUUUCUUUGUUACCAACGAAAGAAGAAAAGUUACUUAGGUAUCUUAUUUUUAUUAAUUUAGAUUAGUAGAAGAAAAUUUAUUAGAGAUCUAUGAUCAAGUUCUUGAUUUAAAUGAAAUUAGACUAUUUACUAUUAAAUCUUAUUAAGGGUUUAACAGUUUAUUUUAUCCUAUUACACAAAAAUUAUUCUUUAUUUAUGGUAAAAAGAUAUAAAAUUAUAAUCUAAAUAACUAAAGACUCAAUUUGGAUAAAAUUAUUUCAGUGUUUAUGUAAAUAAAAGUAUUUCCACAAAAGCUUAGUAAAUAAUUAAUUAGACAUUAUUAUUGUUAUACUACAGAAUAAGAUGAAGGAUUAAAUUUGAAUUAAUUUUAACAUUUCUUAAAUUUAAUGGCUUUGAGUUAAAACAAACGUAUGUCUGUAAGUAAAGAACUUAAUAAUAUCAUUAAUUAUAACUAAUAUAAAUUAUAACAAAAAUUUGAUGAUAUAAGUGAGUAUGAAUAAAAAAUAUUUAGAAAAAUCAUGAUAUUUUAUUUUCAUAGUGAAUUCUUAGCUUUAUAAAAUGUUGAAUAAGAUUGA